AUGGACAACCAUCCUUCUCUCGAUUCCCGCUCGCAAUUCCCGUCGCAUAGUGAGCCGCGAGUAUGGCUGAUCACUGCGGGGGAUUCGCCCAUUGGCAUCUCGGUCGCGCGGCAGAUCCUUGCGCAUGGCGACUACGUACUUCUUGGGCUUGCACACUCUAUUCUGGAUCGUGAUGAGCGGCGCCGGGAUGGUUUCGACGCUUUUCUAACUGAGGUGGAGGAACAUCACGACGAAGGAUGGAAGCAACGAAUGAAGGCAGUGCCCUUGGACAUAAGGAUGAUGGGCGAAUGCCAGGCAGUCUUCGCGCAAGCAGUCGCGACAUUUGGUCGGGUGGAUAUCCUCUUAUGCUGCACCAGCCAAGCCCUGAUCGGAACCGUCGAAGAGCUGUCUGCCUCUCAGCACACCUUGAACCUCGUUCGCGAUCAAUUCGAGGUCAACUAUUUCGGACCUCUAAAUAUAAUCAAAGCCGCACUGCCCCAUAUGAGAAGAGAGAGUUCUGGCCAUAUUAUGAUACUGUCAGGGAUCACGGCACACAUUGGGACUCCCGGACUUGGAAUGUACUGCGCAGCUGGCUGGGCCCUUGAGGGAUUCUGCGAUAGCCUGGCAUUCGAGAUUGCGCCAUUCAACGUCAAACUCACCAUUGUCCAAUGCAGCAUCGAGAUCGGCAUCCUCACAAAUUUAGUCACCAGCGUCCCACCAAUCUUUCCGGCGUAUUCGCCUGCAAAUAACAACGCACCCCUCUUCCGCGGUAUUCUCAAUCAUCUUGUUCCCCGACUCCCCGAUGCCGUUUCUGAGGGUGGUGUAUCCGGCAACACUACUGCGGCUGUUCGCCCCAAUGAUCAACAAGAGAACACACGCGUGAGCUCCAUCGAGAAUGGACCAUUCUCGAAGCCGGAGAUUGUCUCCAUGCAUCCACCACUUAGUUCCGCACAUCUGGAAGUCCUAGUCUCCGAAACAGUUUACGCCAUCACAUCUAUUGGCGGCCAUGAGAAUCCUCCAUCCCGCCAUAUUGUCGGGCAAGAGGGCGUCGCCAGCGUCAAGGAGAAGUUGAAAACUGUGAGCGAAGAGCUUGAAGACUUUAUUCAAGCCAGCUUCGCUGUUGACGUGGCAGCUGAUGCGGAACCUGUGCCUCCCAUAGGAGCGAUAAAUCAAACACCUUUCUGA